CAAUAUUCCUUCUCCACAAAAUCUCUUCACUUUCCAUCCAAAAAUUUAUCCAACUUCAUAGCUUCGUUUCAGCUACCUCCAUAACGUGAUUCAUACCUCAUAUCUAAUUGCCGCCGCCUCAUCACAAAGUUUACACGGCAACCCUUAUGACGUCUUUUGGUUGUUUGUGCCAAUUUUUUGCUUGAACCCCGCUAUUGUUGGGGUGCAUUGAGGUGUGGAAAUGGCAUCAACACCAACAUCAACACUUGAGCUUGAAUAACUUUUUGUCAAAUGAAGGUCUGUGAGUCGUCGUACUAAAUCAGACAUUACACCCAACAUCAUGGUAGUACCUUCCUCAGACUUGCUUGCCUCGGCAGAUAUACGUAUAGAGCGUUUUUCAUCAACAACUUUCUCAAAAAUUUUGAAGAACUUGAUACGAUCAAUUCUUGGAUUAAGUAGUUCUUUCAAAUCAGAGUUAAAGCUCUCACUAAGCUGUGUGCUGCGAAUUCCAAGUGUGAAAGCCCUCUUCAUAUCACACUUUGCCCAUUUGUGUUUCAACAGAUUGUUGGAGUACAGGACCACCGCACAAGAUAAAUUGAAGACCAAAUGGCGCCAAAUAAUAAGUUGCGGCGUAAAUAAUGAGAAAGGGAGAAGUUUGGCGCCAACCUAAACCUUCAGCAUGGCCACCCGAAUGUAUCUCAUUGGAUUAGCUAAUAAAUACUAAGUAUAAGCCUAAAAAUAAUGAAAUCUGGGUGCCGUUGAUUUACUAAAUCUGACGGUUACAAAAGAAAGGAAGAGUAAGGCAGACACCCCCAAUCGGUAUAUAAACACUUGCAGCCUUACGUGUGCAUUCGGGAUUUAGGUUAUGUUUGGAUCAAAAGAUAUUUGGACAGAUAUUUCUCGAAUUUUUAAUACGAAGUACUAGUAAUUCUCAUCUUUUUUUUUAAUAGGCCUUUUUCCUUGAAUAUUAUCAAAUUAAUGCUAUUUUCUAAAAAUGUGACCAUUUUAUUAAAAAGACCAAAAUGUGAAUAAGGUCACAUACUUGAAAAAAAUGUCACUGCAAGAUUUUUAUUUCACCGUUUCAUGUCAUUAUCAGAUAUUUAUGUCACUUUUGAAUGUCACUAUUGCCGUAAAACAUGUCACUAUAUCGCCAGAAAAUUUUCCGACAAUCUUUUCCAUUAAAACCUUUUCCGGCAAAACUGUAUACCACCGCCAGCGUCACCACCGACCACCGGCUAUCAUCGACAACUACCAGUAGCCAAACCCUCAUCCAGUACAACACUACAACCCCUGCUCACUGCCACCAUCCAUCUUUCACUCCAACCUUCUGCCAUAACCAAGCAACCGUCGCUAACCCUUUCCCCGAUCUCCGCCGCCACCACUUGAACUGCCACCCCAACCGCUCAACAGUUACUCUAGAAAAUAAAGGCCUGCCUCAGAUCUGAGAAGAAGGACGACGAACCGUCGGAUAUAGAAUACGGAGAAGAAAACGAGGAAGGCGAUCAGGCCUGCGAUGAAGAGGAACGGCGGUGAUGAGCAACGGUGGCGGCGAAGAAGAGCCUGUGGCGAGGCGAGACGGCGGCGUCGAAGAGGUAGCGGUGAGGCAAGACGGUGGCGUCGAAGAAACAGCGGCGUGGUGAGGCGGCGGCGAAGAGGCAUCGCUGGCUCCUGUAAGGUGAAGUGCUGGAAUCAGAAGAUGGAGGCUCCUCUGAUUUCUUUCAAUUUGGGCGGAAGUGAAGGGGUGAAAUUAGGGCUAUUGCUCAUUAAUUCUGGACACAUUUGGGGAAAGAGAAAAUUAAG